UAUGAAAUUACGCAGCCAAUCUAGCUUUGAUUUUUAUUGUGUCACAAUUUAAAAACGCUUUUAUUUUGACGUUUUGAGCGCGGCACCACCGGAAGUAGUUUUUUCCGCUCCCGCUCGUUCACGUUCGCACCGCUAGUCCAGACAUAACGCUGCUCCCGUGUGUGUGUGGUGUACUUCUCCGUACUCGUUAUUUUCAUUAUUUUUAAUUUAAAAAAAAAAAAAAAAAAAAAAACGUGGUUAAGAAAUGUCAAAUCCGUCACCCCAAAAUAAGCCUUCGAACCCGGACAACCCGCGGGUUUUCCUCGAUAUUGACGUUGGCGGUGAAAGAGUGGGCCGCGUCGUCCUCGAGUUGUUUGCAGACGUCGUCCCCAAAACUGCGGAGAACUUCAGAGCCCUGUGCACCGGGGAGAAGGGCGACGGUCCGGCCACCGGGAAGCCGCUGCACUUUAAAGGAUGCCCGUUCCACAGGAUCAUAAAGAAAUUCAUGAUUCAGGGAGGAGACUUUUCAAAUCAAAAUGGCACUGGAGGAGAGAGCAUAUAUGGUGAGAAGUUUGAAGAUGAAAAUUUCCACUAUAAGCACGACAGGGAGGGCCUGCUCAGCAUGGCCAACUCUGGGCCCAAUACCAAUGGUUCCCAGUUCUUCAUCACCACUGUCCCAACUAGCCACCUUGAUGGGAAGCAUGUGGUUUUCGGACAAGUGCUUAAGGGCAUGGGUGUUGUUAAGAUCCUGGAGGCUGUAGAGACCAAAGAGGACACGCCUGUGGAGCCGUGUAUUAUCGCAGACUGCGGUGAGCUCCGUCAAGGAGACGACUGGGGCAUUGCUCUGAAUGACGGCUCAGGGGACGUCCACCCUGACUUCCCUGAGGACGCAGACAUCGACUUUAAAGAUGUUGAUAAAAUCUUGUCCAUUGCUGAGGAUGUCAAGAAUAUUGGGAAUAACUUCUUUAAGUCCCAGAACUGGUUGGCAGCUAAUAAGAAGUAUUCCAAAGCUCUGAGGUACCUCGAAGUGUGUGGUGAUGUAGUGGAUGAUGACGACGAAGAAAACGCUUCCCAGAAGAAGCUGGAACCAGUUGCCCUGAGCUGCAUCCUGAACAUCGCUGCUUGUAAGCUGAAACUACAGCUAUGGCAGGAUGCCAUCGACAGCUGCACCCAGGCACUUGAUUUGAACCCGAGCAACACUAAAGCACUGUACCGACGAGCCCAGGCCUGGCAGGGAAUGAAGGAGUAUGACCAAGCAAUGGCUGAUCUUAAGAAAGCUCAAGAAAUAUCCCCAGCUGACAAAGCCAUUGGGAAUGAGAUGCUGAAAGUGAAACAAAAAGUGAAGGAGGAGAAAGAAAGGGAAAAAAAGACCUAUGCAAAAAUGUUUGCCUGAAGAUCUCAUCUCGGGGGCAGAGGGGCAUAGAGAGCAUGUUGGUAAAUCAACACUUUAAAUUACAUUGCAAACAGGUGGGCCCCUUAUACCAUGAAGAACAGACUAAACAGAGUACAUGAUAACAUGGCUUAGGGUCAUACAAGCCAUCUCCUAGUCCUGCUAUUAGUGUUCCAGGUCCCAAUAUUUACUGUAUUCAGAGAUGAAAUGUUUGCCUUCUGUCAAUCAUUUAACAAGUCCAUCUAAAUAUGUAAAAGUGGUCUUCAUUUACAUAGAUGUGGAAAAUCCUCAUUGUGGAAUACUGUAGAAACUGAUUUUAAAGAAGAAAAAGAAUGUGUCUCUGCCUACACUGUACCUGGGUGCCUUUUACUGUACUUGGUCCCAAUAUAACUUGUAUAGGCCAGCACAUUUCUGAAUAAAGUAUUUGU